CUCAGUCACUCUAUGACUGACACCCUUGGGACAUGAAGUGGAUACUGUUCCUUGGGGCCCUUAUUGGGCUCAGCUUCUGUGGCCGAGAGAAGUUUUUUGGGGACCAAGUUUUUAGGAUUAACGUCAGAAAUGGAGACGAGAUCAGCAAACUAAGUCAGCUAGUGAACUCAGACAACUUUAAGCUCGACGUUUGGAAAGCUCCUUCCACCUUCAGUCGUCUUGUGGAUGUCCUGGUCCCAUCUGUCAGCCUGCAGCCCGUCAAAUCCUUCCUGAAGUCCCAGGGCUUAGAGUACUCAGUGACAAUCGGAGACCUGCAGGCCCUUUUAGAUCAUGAAGAUGAAGAAAUGCAACACAAUGAAGGGCAAGAGCGAAGCGGUAAUAACUUCAACUAUGGGGCCUACCAUUCCCUGGAGGCGAUUUAUCAUGAGAUGGAUAGCAUUGCUGGAGAUUUUCCUGAUCUGGCGAGCAGAGUGAAGAUUGGGCAUUCAUUUGAAAAUCGGUCCAUGUAUGUACUGAAGUUCGGCCCUGCAGAAGGCGGGCGGCGGCCGGCCGUUUGGCUGAAUGCAGGCAUCCAUUCCCGGGAGUGGAUCUCGGUGGCCACAGCGAUCUGGACUGCGAGGAAGAUUGCAUCUGAUUACGGGAAGGACCCAACCAUCACCUCCAUCUUGGAGAAAAUGGAUAUUUUCUUGUUGCCUGUGGCCAAUCCUGACGGAUAUGUGUACACACAAACUCAAAACCGAUUAUGGAGGAAGACACGGUCCAUAAAUCCUGGAAGCCGUUGCGUUGGUACUGAUCCAAACAGAAAUUGGAAUGCUAGUUUUGCAGGAGAGGGAGCCAGUGACAACCCUUGCUCUGAAAUAUACCACGGACCCCAUGCCAAUUCGGAAGUGGAGGUGAAGUCGGUGGUAGAUUUCAUCCAAGAACAUGGGAAUUUCAAAUGCUUCAUCGACUUGCACAGCUACUCACAGCUGCUGAUGUAUCCGUAUGGAUACACAGUGAAGAAGGCCCCAGAUGCUGAUGAGCUGGACAAGGUGGCAAGGCGUGCGGCCAAAGCUCUGGCUUCCCUGUCGGGCACGACGUACCAAGUGGGUCCUACCUGCACCACUGUCUACCCAGCUAGUGGGAGCAGUGUUGACUGGGCAUACGAUAAUGGCAUCAAGUAUGCGUUCACGUUUGAGUUGAGAGAUACCGGUCACUAUGGCUUCCUCCUACCAGCCAACCAGAUCAUCCCCACUGCCGAGGAGACCUGGUUGGGGCUGAAGACCAUCAUGGAGCAUGUGCGGAACAACCUCUACUAGACGAAGAGCCCCACCCUGACCCUGUCUUCUGUCAUUUAUCCCCGCAUCUGCCUGCCCGCUAAAGCUACUACUAAAGGGAGCUUGUUCUUUCACGCGUGAGUCAGAGCCCUCUGGCUUUGUGGGGCACACAGGGCAGCCCCUCUUCGGCCCUCAUCCUUGAAGCUCGUAUGUUCUGGUGGUGGACCUUAGAGAGGCGCUGCUGCUACCCUGCUGUGUUUUGGUCCUGCUGUUUCACUGGGCCCCUCGUAGGCCCUUCCGUUCAUGUGAUUGUCCGGGUAGGCCACACGUAGGGUCACUCCUUACUGGGUGGCAUGCCUCUACCUCAUUUUUGGAACAAAAAGACAUUGAACGUGGUUCUCUAGCCUUAUCCAAUCUAGCCUAGCUGGUGACCUUGCUCUGCUGGGGCCCCAAGAGAGGCACCAUGGGAGAGACCAUGGCUCGUCUUUGAGAUCAGUCUCUGAGAUGACAUUGAGCUUCCUUUCAUUUAUCUCACUCCUUCUUGAAUAUAUUUGUCUUUGAAAAAUAAAUCUUGUAGGGCUAUCCGUG